AUGUCUAAACGAGAGGCGGAAAAGCAGAUUACAAAGAACGAUUCAAUAUUUUCAGGAAAUACUGAGCAGGAAGUAGUAGAUCUUGCAAAACAAGCAUCAAAAGAGGUGCUUUUAAAGAGAAAAAUUGCAGUUCCUCAGUCACUUAAAAAACGAUAUUCAGAGCAAAUAUCGACACAUUCAAGUCCAUUUGCUAAUUUACAGGAACCAAAUGGAAAGCAAUUAUCUACAUCAUGUUCUACUCAAUUUCCGACGUCUACAUUUUCAUUUGUUCCACCUUUUCAACAAGAAAAAAAGGAAAAAACAUCAGUAGAAUCUUUAGAAUCAUUAUCGAAUCCACCAUCAUUACUUAAAAAUGAUAUAAAAAAUGAAUAUGAUUUGUUUUUGCAUCGAAGAUCUGUAAAUUACUUUUUUCAAAAAGCAAUUGAUGCAUCAAUUACUGAAGAUCCGUUUGGUGAUCUUAGCAUAGCAUGUCAAGAAUAUAUUGAUUAUCGAAAACAAAUUGAUAAAUCAACUGAACUUAGUGAUUACAUACAAUCGGAUACUAAGAAAGAUACAGCUGUAUCAAAAGAACAAACUAAUAAAUCAUCCGACGAUUCUUUUAUAUCUCCUAAAGGUGCCUUUGAUUGUAAAAAUAAAGAAAACAAAAAUAGUUUAUUCUCAUUUUUAAAAAAACCUGAGGAAAAAAUGGAUGAAAAUAUACAAGUAAAAAUGCAUACAGUUGAUUCAAAUAAAUUACCAUCAUCUACCUUUGGGAUACAUAUGAAAAACGACGAUGAAAAUAUUCAAUCAGCAUUUGGCUCGCCUGCAGCUAAAAAUAAAAGUAUUUCUGAAACAAACUUUGCGAUUGAGAAUACAAACAAUCUUUCUAAAACUUCCCAAGAAAAGCAAGAAAAUCAGUCAAAUACAAAACAUUCAUUAAAUUCAGAAACAAAAACUGUAUCUACAUCAUUCAUUACCAAUACACCUAAUACGCCCACCUUUUCUUUUCCUGUUGUUUCUCAAACAAAUGAUUCAGCAACUAAUAAAAAGAUUACAUCAAUUUCGGAAAAUUUAUCUGUACCUAAAAUAAGCAAGCUAGAAAAAAGCACUUUUUCAUUCGAAGUUAAAAAACCAGAUAUUGAGAUGAGCAAUAAAUCCUCCAAUGAAACUCAUAACAAGAAUUUGUUUAGUUUUACUCCGAUAACAAAGACGGAAACAAAUACUCCGAAUAAUGCGAAUUCUACACCUAUUUUUAAUUUCGGAUUAUCAGUUCCAUCAAAAGAUAUUAGUUCUGACUUUUCUUGGACUCCAAAUAAAGGGAUUAAAUUUGCAACAUCUCCAUCUAACAAUAAUGACAAUAAUGAUAAUAAUAACAAUAAUAAUAAUACUGCAGAUAAGACUCCAAAAUUUCAAUUUUUAAAUCCUUUAUCAACAGGAAAAUUUGUCAAUGAGAAUAUAUCUCAACAUAAACCUAAUGAAAGCGUCGGAUUUGAAUUUGGAAGCAAAACAAAUCCUGGCUUUUCUUUUGGACAGAUUUCCACUUUUAAUCCUACAUUUACAAAUUUUGAACAGAAAAAUGUUUCAACUACCGAAACAGCAGAAGAUGACGUAUUUCCUCAAGAGCCUCGGACAAAUGACGAUUUAAUUGCAGCUAAGGGUGAAGGAGAAGAGAACGAAGACACUAUAUUUACCACAAAAGCAAAAAUAUAUAAGUACUUUGUUAAAGAAAAUAGAUUUUCAGAUCUUGGAAUAGGUAUAUUAAAACUCAAUAUAGAUAAAGAUACAUCAAAAGCGCGAGUUUUAGCACGAUUAGAAGGAAGUGGGAAAGUUAUUAUUAAUAUUGGUUUACAAAAAGAUUUUCAAUAUUUGAUUACAGGCAAAAAGAGUGUUAAAAUCCCGGCAGUAUCAAGUGAAGGAACAGGUAUUGAUACAUAUUUGGUUCGUGUAAGAGACGAAGAGAUAUCAAAAGAACUUACAGAUUUACUUGAAUCUAAAAAAUUAGGAAAACAAUAG